AUGGAGAACAACACAGAAGUGACUGAGUUCAUCCUGCUGGGACUAACCAAUGCCCCAGAACUGCAGGUUCCUCUCUGUAUCAUUUUCACUUUCAUUUAUCUCACUAAUGUACUUGGAAAUCUAGGGAUGAUCCUGUUGAUUCUCUUGGACUCUUGUCUCCACACUCCCAUGUACUUUUUCCUCAGUAACUUGUCUCUGGCGGACAUUUGUUACUCUACAGCUGUCACUCCCAAGAUGAUGGCUGGGUUUCUUUUAGGUGACAAGGUCAUCUCCUACAAUGCAUGUGCUGCUCAGAUGUUCUUUUUUGCAGUCUUUGCCACUGUGGAAAGUUACCUCUUGGCCUCUAUGGCCUGUGACCGCUAUGCAGCAGUGUGUAAACCCCUACAUUAUAGCACCAUGAUGACAACAAGUAUGUGUACACGUCUGGCCAUAGGCUCCUAUAUAUGUGGUUUCCUGAAUGCCUCUAUCCAUGUUGGGGAUGUAUUCAGUCUUUCUUUCUGUAAGUCCAAUAUGGUCCCUCACUUUUUCUGUGAUGUUCCAGCUCUCAUGGCCCUCUCUUGCUCUUACAGACAUGUUAGUGAGCUGAUCCUUGCUCUUCUGGAAAGCUUCAACAUCUUUUUCGCUCUCCUGGUAAUCUUGAUUUCCUACCUGUUCAUAUUUGUCACCAUCCUAAAGAUGCCCUCAGUAGAAGGAUACAUGAAGGCUUUAUCCACCUGUGCUUCUCACCUCACUGCAGUCUCCAUCUUCUAUGGGACAGUCAUCUUCAUGUACUUACAGCCUAGCUCCAGUCAUUCCAUGGACACAGACAAAAUUGCAUCUGUGUUCUAUACAAUGAUCAUCCCUAUGCUAAAUCCCAUGGUCUACAGCCUGAGGAACAAAGAGGUCAAGAGUGCUUUCAAGAAGGCUGUUGAGAAGGCAAAAUUGUCUCUAGGCUUCAGAUCUUAA